AUGUCUCAAGAAAAAUUGGUACAAGAAGUCGUGGAUGCACUUCUUGAUAAUGGAAUCCGCGGACAACCGAUAAGGGACGGUCAUAAGAAAGUUUACAAAUCGUUUUCCGAUAUAAUUUCGGGCAAAGAGGGAAGAUUUCGAGAGACCCUUCUUGGAAAACGAGUUGAUUAUUCGGGGCGUUCUGUUAUUGUCGUAGGUCCAUUACUUUCAUUACAUCGAUGUGGAUUGCCCCCCGAAAUAGCAAUAGAGCUAUUUCAGACAUUUCUAAUUCGUGGUUUAAUUCGAAACCAUAUUGCUUCGAACAUAGGAGUUGCUAAGAGUCAAAUCCGGGAAAAAGAACCAAUUGUAUGGGAAAUACUUCACGAAGUUAUGCGGGGACAUCCAGUAUUGCUGAAUAGAGCGCCUACUUUGCAUAGAUUGGGCAUACAGGCAUUUCAACCCAUUUUAGUAUAA